AUGGAAGACGAAGAAGGUGAGGAAGAUGAAGACGAAGACGAAGACGAAGACGAAGACGAAGAUGAAGACAAAAAGGCAUCAGAGAAGACGAGAAGAUAG